CAGUUAAACAUUCCAUUUCACUCAUCUCGUCGAUACUAGCGUGUUUACGUUGCUAACAAGGCUUACUUACAAAGACAUUCUUGGCGGAACUUUCUGAUUCAAACACUAGGCCUUAGAGUUACUUAUAUCUGGGUUGUUGUUUUCUAUCCGAGAUCACGGCCUGUAAGUUAUUGCUAUGAAUCAAACCCGAGUGUCUGCGAUUAAUUCGUUCUCGAUUUCCAGCAUCCUGACUGGUCCUGGAGCGUCCACGAUUUCUAACUCCGUUGUUCGUGACUUUUCCGGUUUCGAUUCGGAAGAAAACAAAUUAGAGAACAUUCUCCAGCGGAGGAGAACCCCUGAACAGCCCGAACCACCCGCAAGUCAGCACCCGCUACUCGCGGCUGACCCACGAAGCCACGAGAGUCACCCUUCGACGUUGCCAGUGGUCCGAUUUGGACAGAACAGUGUCUUGAGAGCCCCUGGACAACAGCACUCGGCAAAAAGGUCGAGAUACGUUGCUCACCAUCUGGACCAAGGCACCUCCGAUUCUCCGGCUAGUCCCGCAGUAAACCACCCGGAAACCGAACAAGGUGAUAGUGUAGAGACUAGUAGUGUAUUGCUCGGGGACGAGAGGGAAAGAGAGAAUGAUCAUCCCAAAAGUGACGUUAACGAAGAGUCUUUGGAGACCGGAGAUGACGCAAAGGACUCUUCGGGACCACGUCAAUACAGUCCCGAGACGUACCCGCAACCCCGAGCCAAGAAGAAGCGCUCACGAGCGGCGUUCUCCCACGCGCAGGUUUUCGAGUUGGAACGACGAUUUAGCCACCAACGCUACCUUUCUGGGCCGGAGAGAGCAGACUUAGCUCAGGCACUGAAGUUAACGGAAACCCAAGUGAAGAUCUGGUUCCAAAAUCGACGUUACAAAACGAAACGACGACAGCUGUACAACGCAACGGGCUUAGCCACAGGGAAAAAAGUCGCCGUUAAGGUUUUAAUGAAAGACGACCAGCUGGUGUACAGACGAGAAGAGUUAAUUAGGCCUCCUGUCCUCUUUCCGUCUUUCCCCAUUCCAGGUUUUCACUAUAACUGGCUGUGUCCACCGUGGCUAAUGGGUUGCACGCAGUAAUUUCUCUAAACACCUUCGAGAUCCCACAUUUCGUCACCAACAUGUCAAGGUGGGGGGGGGGGGGGGUAGGACUUAGAGCAAAACGUAUCGGAUACUUUGAAUGGAAAUAAGCUUCGAAAAAGUUCUUUUUUAUUUCACAGUUAUCGUUGAUAAAGAAGUUAUAUUACAUCUAUCUUUAAAAAGAUUCUUAAGCAAUUGUAUGACUUCUAAGCAUUUCUACGAGCGAAACGUUUGCGAUAAAAAAAAAAUUAUAUACAUUAAGAUUUAAUACUCUGACAGAGAAGCACCAAAAUAUUAGGUUUUUCUUUUUCUCCUUUUGAUUUUCUUGGAAAUACAGAUAAAAUGAAAUUUUGUGUUAGAUUCUAAGCCUUGUAACGUGUAAAACUUUUAUUACGUGGCUUUAUUAGGUUGUUCUAAGUAUGAUAAACUACGAAAACUCGUGUCUUUGCAUGGAAAUCAGUUAAUGUUAGAGAUUUCGAGCAGACUGGGUGAAAGUAUAGACUUCCUUGGUAUCAAUACAUACACGAUGGUAAAUGGACGAUAAUACCCUUGAUAACGUUUUGGGACAACAACAUGGGACCUAUUGGUCCAUCUCAGUUGUUCAUCCUCUAAAUAAACUAUUAAUAGACUGGGUGAAAGUAUAGACUUCCUUGGUAUCAAUACAUACACGAUGGUAAAUGGACGAUAAUACCCUUGAUAAC